CAGAGUACUUUUGCAUACGUUUCAACAAAUUCGUAAGGAUAGUCGUUCAAAAACAUAUUUUAAUAUAAAAACAAUGUACUUUUUUCUCAUUUAUAUUAUCAGCUUCAACGAAUCAGCAAAUAAAUCAUCAUUAGUUAUCGAUCAUACUAAUGUAAAUCGAAAUGAAACACCACUAAGUAGUUUACCACCACGACAAGCACUAUCAUCAUACACACCCCUAUUAUCAUCCACCAACAUCUCUAUUAGUCAACCAGUGGCCCGUCGCAUCUUGCCGACUCGUAAUCAUCCUGUCAUAUUACUAACUCCACAACUACCAAUUUCUAAUAAUCAUCAUCCUGCAGCAGUUCAACGAAUAAUUUCACCAAUCGUGUUAACUCCUACUCCUCGCCCUACACCUCGUGCUAUAUUACCCUCCCGUUCUUCUAUUUUACGUCUUACUGUUAAUAAACCACAAUCCCAACAACAACUUACUUCUACGCCCACCUCUCACACACCUGCUCAUUUACAAUGUAAUUCUUUACUUUUAGGCUCUCAAUUACAGCAACCACAAUCUCCAACAGUUCAAGAAGCAACAAUAGCUAGAACACAAGAAGCAAAUGAAUCACGUCAAUGUACUCGUUUGGCUAAAAAGAACUUUCAAUUGAACAAUAUACAAUGUAUUGUUAACUAUAAAGAUGUUUUUGACGCCAUAUGUGAUAAAUAUCCACUCUCAAACUCAACAAUAAAUGCAAAAAGAGGCAAAAAGACUCUACUUUAUCUAUGUGUCGCAGAUCUUCAAGUAAGCGAUUACAAGUACCAAAUCAAUCAGGAUGUGUUUAAUGACGAUAUCAAAGCGAAUUGUGAUGAAAUAUUCGUUGAAUCUGGACCGUACAAAAGAAGAAAUGAUUUAAAAACCAGUCAAGCAGAACAUAAGAAUCGUCAAAAUUACUUUGCGGCUAAAGCAUUUAAUCAAAACGCGGCUGGAAUAGCAAUGAUAAAAGAAAAUCUUCCUUACGAUUUUUUGAUUCACUCACAACAAAUAAAAAGAACCUUAUAUGAGGAAGAAGAAUUACGAAAAAAACAAAAAAAAUUGGAUUAUCAAUCGAAAUAUCCGAUAGCUUCAUUUGUAAUUCCACAGCGAUAUGAACAAGAAGUGCAAUUAUGGUUCGAUAAUGACUUCAUGAAAAGAAUAAAUGGCGAAAUCGAUCGAUGUAGAUGCUUAUUUAUAGUUGGUGAUACAUUAGCCGGAAAAACAUCAUGGGCACGGAUAUUCGGCAAUCACAUGUUUUUUCAUGUUAAUUUUAGUUUGAAAGAAUGGUGUGACGAUGCUCUAUAUUUGGUUCUGGAUGAUGUGAAAUGGUACACGAUUCGAGAUACAGCAAAAGGUUUACUUAAAGCACCGGGAGAUGUGUGUUUUACAGGUAAUGCUAAGAAAAUGUAUUAG